AUGUUCCAAUAUCGUUACGAGUGUAAGGACUCAGCAGAGUGGAAUGGAAGAAGAGGAGAUAGUGAAGGAGGAGGAAGCAGAGAGGAGAUGGAGAGAGGCGAAGGGCAAGAGGGAAGCGACGGGGAAUUUAUUGUAGAGCAAGAAAGCACGGACAAGAUGUUGCAUGCGAGACGAGCGAUCGAAAUAGCGAAAGCGGCGCAAGUCCUGCCGGAUGCAACUUUGGGGUGUGAUACUGGCGCAGGGGAUGUGAAGGCGGCCACGGAGCGAAACUGCAUGAACGGGAAACAACUCGCGGUGGGCAGCAAAGUGGUCAUCACUACGGACAUCAACACAGACGUGGACAUGGCGAACGGAGCACGGGGAGAUGUGAUACGUACAUGGCCAGAUCCAUGCGAAGAAGGAGGCAAUGAGGGAGCAUCGCUGCGUGCUGGGGCGAUUUCGACAGGGACAAGGGAUACAUCGACGAUCCCUUCGUUUCUGGUCGUGAAAACGACCGAAUACAAAGCAGAAAGCGGUGCAAAGCAGAAAGUCGAGCGUCGGCAAGUUACAUUGGAUGGAGCCUGCUACGCCUUCACGGACUAUCGAGCUCAAGGACAGACGAUCGAAUACUCAUGGGCGGAGAUAGGGACACCGCUCAACGCGUACAUCACGUUGUCGAGGACAUGA